ACUCUCGCGCAAGCGAGAUUGCACCAAUCCGCUCGGUCGAUCCGCGACCACGUGCGCCUUCGACGUUCGACGGGUGCCGGGUGUGUUUGGGUGACCUACCGACCACGUGUUUUCGGCCGACGCGGAAGUGAAACGAAUACUGACGAUGACGCUUUCUAGGUGGAAGAUGUUGCCAUUUUGGCACGGUGGGGAAGGUCGCGACAUAUAUGAGACUCUUCGCGAUUGACGAUUGAUCGUUGCGGGAAUCGGGCUGCGAAUUUGGCAAUUUUGGGGGGGACGUGAGUUGCUGUUGUUUUGGUUAAAUUUGUCCGUGUGUGGAGAUUCCGAGGACAACUGAAUGACAUUUUUUGAUAAUUGAGAGAAGAAAGAAAGAAAGAAAAGGAUUAAAAUAGGGAUAAGAUAUUCGAUUGAGAGAUCCAGAUGUCUAUGAUUCGGUGGCAGGGUGGAUGUCACAGUGGUUUUUUGGAGCACCGACUUAGGUCUUGAGACUAUCGAUUAAAUUACACGAUAAAGUAGUAGAACAUGAGUCUUUGUAGGCCUACAUUCUCAAACAUUUGUGUACUUAAUUUGACAGCAAGAGUAUGUUUCCAAAAUGGUUAAUGAAAUCAUAGACCAAGGAGAUUAACCGAGGUCAUUCUAUCACAGAUCAGCUGACGUAGCAGAGGUGAUGUGCUCCACUCCGCCGUUACAAAUUCCUACGAAUUCAAAUUGUCUGAAACACUGAAAAGCUUCACAACCUCAAGAACGGAAAAUAGCAUUCCUAGAAGAUGCCCCUGCUCCCGAAUGCCAAGAAUAAGUCUACCUUUUCAAGAUUCCAUUAGCAGGCCAGUGAAAGGAUGUCCGCACAGGUCGCGCGGCUAUUCUAGGCCAUCGUUAGACGGCAAACAGCGGAAGAGGCGAUACUAGUUGUUCCGACAGCGACCAAGGAGUAAUCAAGAACGAAGACGAUUAAUAAGAAGGAGAAUGGAAACCAAGAAGAAACAUAAAUGUCACGAGUUUAUUAAAGACGACCGGCGUCGAGCGAUUCGAGCUGCUCCGAUUUAAUUCAUCCUGAACAGCGAGAGGCAAGUUCACGAUUGAAAUUGAAACGAGAUCCCUUCCAACAUAUUCCGUUCCGAGGAUCUCUGACAGAUGAUUCGGUGAACAAUUGCACCGACUACCCCAUUGGCCCUUCCGAUUCGCGGUCCGACGAUCGAAUAGGAAAGAACGUCGGGACAAGGUGGAAGAAAAAAGAACGCAAACAAGGGGAGGCGACCGAGCAGGAUUGACGGGAUGCGGUAGAAACGGUGGCAUGCAAAAAACGUUGAAAGCGACGAAGGUACCAGGUUAAUUAGAUUAUCGACGUUCUCGGGAGUAGCUCGAAGGCUUGGAGGACGACCAUACAUGGUCCAGCUGCUUACGUAGCCAAGGGAAGAAGCGGGAGCUACGCGUGGGAGGUCGAGCUCCUUCCAGCGCGGUUUUUACGCACCCCGAGAAGACAGAUUCGUGUGCUCACCUUGGAUGCCACACGCGCGACUAUUAAACAGCCUCGCUGCACGUCCCGUUCAGGCACCAGUCCCGAUCGCUUUUCCUGGAAGAAGUCUUGGUCUUUGUUUGAGACGAUUUCAAGAAUUCCUUUGAUCGGUCGACGCACGAUUAUCGAGAGGCUAGUGCUGGAAAGAAGAAACCAUAGUCACAGAGGAGAUCCGAAUCGAAGUUCGUCGAUCAGGUGCGAUCGCGUGCCAACUUUCAAUUUCAGCGCUGAACGCGCGCGCCUCGGCGCUUGCAGCGUCAACGGCGUCCUAUAAAUUCCAGAUUUCCGCAAUUCCAGUGAACCAGUCCUGGGACAGGCGUAUAUAUGUCGCCGGCGCCUCCUCUAGAUCAUUAGACGACGCGGAGAGGCGUUCGGGAGAGAUGAAAGUGUAGCGGAGCGUGUUAUGCAAAGCAGCGAGGCGAGGGGAACCUGAAAAGCCUGAUUCGCGGUGAUCGAUCCGCCGUGUUGCUACGAAUUCGAUCUGGGAGUGUGUUAUCCGUUCAUCGCACGCGGUGAUCCAUGAGGAGACGGUGAUCUGGGUGAUUUGCGCCAAUGGUUGUUGAAAUGGGGACACUAGGCAACAGAUUACAAGGUUUAUGGUAAGAAGAGUGAAAAAGUAAAAAUGUGAGAGAUAGAACUGGUACAGGCCUUCUGAUAUUAAUGUGCUAAAGAAGAUUCUACACUCCUUGAAAUAGGUGUAACAUUGGACACCCUGAUUGUAGGAUUCUCAGUGUGCAACUUCUGUUACUGAAAUUUUGACAUCGAGUGGUCGCAAUUGGAUCCCAACAAAUCGUGUCAUAAGACUCCUCUAAUACUAAAUUGCAAGGAGAUUCUACAGAUUGCAAGGUUGAUGGUAAAAAGAGUGGAAAAGUACAAAUAGGAGAGGUAGAAGUGGAUUCUCAGUGUGCAACUUCCGACACUGAAAUCUUGAAUUCGAGUGGUCGCAACUGAAUUUCAAGAAAUCGUGUCACGGGCCCCCUCUAAAGCUUCAUGGAGAUUCUACACCCUCACCUUGACUAGACAUUCUACCAAUAGUGUGGAACUUUUAAUAAUCAACUCUCCGAACUCUGGUGGUCCCCGUGUCAAAGCUGGACGUUCGUACUUCCCUUAUAGUGACGUUCGAUGGUUGCGAGGCGCAGCAGCGGCCUAUACCUUACCUACGACCGAAUCGGUCGUCUCCGCGAGCUUUGAUCGCCGAACGAUUCCACGGCUCCGGAACCUUCGGAUUUGAAUUGCAAAUCGCGCGGGAACAUGGAUUUCUCGACGAGCGUUCCCCGCGUUGCUCGGUGAACGAAACUCGAACUGGUGACCGAGAGGAGACGAACGGGGACGUGAAAAAAGUAAUGUCGGUCGCCGGGACCAGGAGGCUAUGCAGAGUGGGCCUGGCCGCCGUGCUGGUCACCGCGUUGUGCGUGUUGACUCUGCUAGAUUCGCCGCCGCAACUCCCGGAUCCACCAGCGGAUCCACCUCCCACGCCAGGUGGUGAACCUCCAGGCACAAGAAGCAUCGUGGCUUACUCGUGGGCGCGGAGAUUGGCACUCGAUUACAGACCCUCCAAGGAGUGCGACGGUAAUGGAACGUACGGAACGACCUUAAAUACGUUCAAGUUAGCCGACGCGAAGUGGCUCGAGACAAUCCCCGGACAGCUCUUCCUGUACAGCGCCCACUUGGACCUCCGAGUGGCCAGUUAUCCGAGCCUGAGGGUGAUUGGCGUUAAACGCGGACCUCUGCCGACCUCUGGUCUUUUCUGCACCGUUUGGUACGAGGAGGAAGCCAGAGGCAGGUCCGUCAGCGUGGAGGCUCUGGUAUCGACGAUAUGGUUGAACGAGUGGGGCGAGACGGUGGACAGUUACGCGGGCGUGCUCGUGGGCUGUCAAUUACCCCAGGACGUCGCGAACGAGCCGUCGAGAGUGUACGUGGGCCCGGACCCCUGCCACGAGAAUGCUAGUCAUAGUUUAGCGAUAAGCCAAGAAGCGAGAAACGAGGCGGAUGAUCGACGCAGACAGUUCACUCUUUGCAUCAAGGGCUUGGACUUCGACGAGGACAUCUCCUCGAAGCUGGUGGCGUUCGUCGAGCUCCAUCGCAUCCUUGGCGCGGAGCUCUUCUACUUUUACGUAUUCAACGUGCACGAGAACGUGCUGCGUGUGCUCCGACUGUACGAGCGAUCGAACGUGAUCAGAUGGUUCAAUCUGACGCUGCCAGGCGAUCUACCGAACGAGAAGAACGCCAGGAGGCGUCUGCUCGGCGAGGACAUCUGGAUCAAGAGACGGAUGGAGCUGAUACCCUACAAUCACUGCUUCUACGAGAAUCUUCAUCGCUCGGAGUUCGUGUUGCCGAUCGAUAUCGACGAGGCGAUCGUGCCGGCCAGGAGACGUAACUGGCACGAGCUGUUGCUGGACGAGAGGAUCAGGCUGGGCAGGAGCUUCAAGGAUUUCGCCUCGUACGCGGUCAGGAACGCUUACUUCUUCCCCGAGCUGCAGACCAAGAAUCGAACCGAGGGUUCGUCGUUGGACGCGGACUUCCUGGGUGACCUCGAUUACCUGAACACUGUCAGGGCCACCUCCAUCUCACCUGAAGGCGACUCGGUCAAGAGCUUCGUCUCUACGAGACGUGCGUUGACCGUGCACAACCAUUAUGCGCUGACGACGCUGAACCCCUCUACGAGACGCGCCCAUCACUUCGAUCCCGAAGACGUGCUGAAGCACCACCACAGGGCUUGCGACGCGAGACAUCUAGACUGCGAAUUCCUCAUGGAGAACGUUAGAGUCGACGAGUCCGCGCUCAGGUACGCGGACGAGCUCAGAGCGAGGAUGAGGGUCGUCCUCACCGAUCUCAAGGCCUUUGCGUAGAAGCUGAAGGGAUUUUGUAAAUAAUAAAGCCGCGGUUAUCGAUCACUGGGUGUUUUAUUUUGUACUCGUAAGCCUGU